AGAGAAACCCUAGAUAUAUAAACCGCUAUAUCCUUUACUUCAGUCGGCCAGGAUUAGCUCGCAGAAGAAGAAAAAGAAAAAGAAGGAUCUCUCUCUAUAACGGCCAGCAAUGACGAAAGGUACAGGAAGUUUCGGUAAACGAAGGAACAAAACACACACACUGUGUGUACGCUGCGGUCGCCGGAGCUUUCAUCUUCAGAAGAGCCGCUGCUCUGCUUGCGCUUAUCCUGCUGCUCGCGUCAGAAAAUAUAACUGGAGUCAGAAGGCAAUCCGUAGGAAGACAACUGGAACUGGUCGCAUGAGAUAUAUGCGUAAUGUGCCUCGCAGGUUCAAGAGCGGUUUCAGAGAAGGUACUCAAGCUGCUCCUAGGAAGAUAGCUGCUGCUGGUUCGGCUUGAGAUUGUUGGGAAUUACAUCAAACUGAUAUUCUGGUGUCAAUCAAGGGUACUAGUUUUUUUUAGGGCAGUUAGUGUUGCUGAACAUCAUUUGGUGCUAUCUAGACUUGCUCUGAAAUUUGUUAUUCUUGUUUUAUGGAUCAUGACUUGUUUUGACUUGGCUGUUUUGGAUUUAAGUCAAUUAUCGAUAUUUGUUUGGCC